CGGGUGCGUGGGGAUUCCCGAGACCCUGGCCACUACCCGGCCUGCCCCGCGGCAAGAUGGCGGCUUGAAGGCUACGGCCAGCAGCGGAAACUCCUAUAGCACUAUCUGCCCCAAUUUCAUCUGAAGACCAAGGGGCCCCAGGGACUGGAGGAAGUCACAUUGCCUGCUUGGAAAGAAGUAGCGUCUUGCCCCAGCUCAACCCCAGAGCGGAUGGAGAAGUGAAGCACCAGUGGUUGCGUCAUUUCUUCAAGGUCCCCAGUUAGUGAGUGGCAGAGCCUUGUAGGAUGUAAACUCUGGAUCCCUGGCUCUAACAGCUCCGGAGUUGGGCUGCUCACACACCAAGCUGUCUGUUUAUAUGGAGUGGCUGGAGGGCGUCUGCCAUGAGUCUGUCGCUAACCACACUAACCAGGAGAGCUGGCUGGUUGGGGAGAAGACACUAACCUUGAACUUUUGCCUAGAGGAAGUGGAGGGGCCGUGGGAUGCGGAGAGGCGGGGGCUAAGUCCAGGAUAGCAGAACAGAGAGUUGCCGACGAGCAGAUGCAGGUGGAGGAGCUCACACCUCCCAGAAUGACCAGCGUAGCCCCAGCUAAGAAACCUUACCGUAAGGCGCCUCCAGAGCAUCGGGAACUGCGGCUGGACAUUCCUGCAUCCCGGCUGGAGCAAGAGGAGCCCCUGACUGACUCAGAGAGGAUGAAACUUUUGCAGCAGGAGAAUGAAGAGCUUCGCCGACGCCUGGCCUCAGCUACCAGACGCACUGAGGCCCUGGAGCGGGAGCUGGAAAUUGGACAAGACUGCCUGGAACUGGAACUGGGCCAGAGUCGCGAGGAGCUGGACAAAUUUAAGGACAAAUUCCGCAGGCUCCAGAACAGCUACACAGCUUCCCAGCGGACCAACCAGGAGCUGGAGGACAAGCUGCAUACGCUGGCCUCUCUUAGCCACAGCUGGAUUUUUGCAAUCAAGAAGGCUGAGAUGGACCGGAAGACACUGGACUGGGAGAUUGUGGAGCUGACCAACAAGCUACUGGAUGCCAAGAAUACCAUCAACAAGCUGGAGGAACUCAAUGAGCGGUACCGGCUGGACUGCAACCUGGCCGUGCAGCUCCUCAAGUGCAAUAAGUCCCACUUCCGGAACCACAAGUUUGCUGAUCUGCCUUGUGAGCUACAAGACAUGGUUCGGAAACAUCUCCACAGUGGUCAGGAGGCUGCCAGCCUGGGCCCUGCCUCUAGCCCUGCUCCAGGGUCUGUGGUACCCACAUCAGUCAUUGCCAGGGUAUUGGAGAAGCCAGAGUCUCUCCUGCUCAAUUCAGUGCAGUCAGGCAGUGCUGGCCGCCCCUUGGCUGAGGAUGUCUUUGUGCAUGUGGACAUGAGUGGGGGUGCUCCAGGUGACCCAGCCAGCCCCUCAGCCCCUGGCAGUCCCUCUCCACAGCCCAAUGGGGAAUGCCUUUCUCUGGGUACUGCACGGGGCUCCCCAGAGGAGGAGCUGCCCCUGCCAGCCUUUGAGAAGCUGAGUCCCUACCCUACCCCGUCUCCACCACACCCAUUGUAUCCAGGUCGCAAGGUAAUAGAGUUCUCUGAAGAUAAGAUUCGAAUCCCUCGAAACAGCCCCCUACCCAACUGUACUUACGCCACUCGCCAGGCCAUCUCCUUGAGCCUGGUGGAGGAGGGGAGUGAGCGGGCCCACUCCAGCCUGGUGCUUAGCAAUCCCUCCUCAGCCCAAGGCUCACCACACCACCAGCCAAGUCCAGCCCCAUCAGCACUCAGUGCCCCAGCCAGCUCUGCCAGCUCUGAGGAGGACCUGCUGGCCAGCUGGCAACGUGCAUUUGUGGACCGCACUCCACCUCCUGCUGCUGUGGUCCAGCGCACAGCCUUUGGACGUGAUGCACUCCCUGAGUUGCAGCGUCAUUUCAUCCUGAACCCCACGCAUGCCCCACCUUCUUCCCCACACGAGGAGAGUGGACUUUUACUGCCAACAGAACCCGACUCUGGCCUUCCCAGGGAGGAAGAAGAGGAACUGCUGAACUUGCCUGUUAGUCCCCAGGAAGAGCGCCAGAGCCUGCUGCCUAGUGAUGGGGGCACAGAGGGACCUAGCACUUCUCACACUGAGGGCAGGGCCUGGCCACUCUCCAAUUCCAGCCGCCCCCAGCGCAGCCCCAAGAGGAUGGGAGUACACCACCUGCAUCGCAAGGACAGCCUAACCCAGGCCCAGGAGCAGGGUACCCUGCUUAGCUAGGCCCACUUGCCUUCCUGCCGCUGCCACUUGGGACCUGUCUUGAACUCUUCCCUCACACCUGGGCAGCUGUUCCCUGUGUGAACGAGGGGCCACGCCAGGCCUUUCAGCUGCAUUGAUACUGACUGGCACCAGCUUGCCUCAUGAUUUUUCCUUUCCUUCUUGGAAUAGUCUCAAAAGGUAAUAGGCGGUUGAGUCCUAAGCCCUUUUCUCCAGUUAGCCCAGCCCAGGUGCUGUCAUGGGGAAGUGAGGGGCUUAUCAGUGUUCAUCCUCAUCCUUUCAUAUCCGUGAGACUUGGUGGUUUGGGGAAGGGUAUCAUUGGAGCUUUUAAACUCUGAUUUUUCUGCCUGCUUUUCUCUGCAUGAACAGCUGCCCUCAGGUCCAACCCACCUGGCUCCAGGCACAAGGGGGUAAACUGACUCAGGGUUCCCCUUAGCUGUUGAAGGAGGGUUUACAUCAGGGGACUCAAACUGGGCUCUCGGUGAGGCCUGGCCCCCUCUUAACCUUCCUUGGCUCUAGACUGUUACUCCCAGCUUUUGGGAAUUUUCACAUUAAUGACUAUUUUAAAAUUAAAUAAAACUUAUUUUGCUGGUAUGGCUUAGUUUGUUUUAA